UGGUCUGACCGGUACCGGCUUCAGCCAGAUGAUACUACAACGUCAACCUCUGAUCGCUUUGCUUUAGCACGAUAUGCAUUACGCGGAACUAAAAAACGUGCUCGAAUAUUGUUUUAUGCGUCAUUUUGAUCAUUUUUUGUGACUGUUUUUUUGUUUAAUAUGCAAAACCACAAAUGCAUCGAAAUCAAGUGCGGUUUAUUUCAAAGCAUUGGUUUGACUUCUUUGUGCAGUUAAACGCAUAUUUUAUUAACGAUCUUUAGUUUUUUUUUUAGUUUCAUUGGUAUCAUAAGCACAAGGGCGUUGUUAUAAACUUAAAGCGUUAGCGCAUUCUGUCAUGACAUUAUCAUAAAACUCCGCAUUGCUUAUAGAUCGCAAAUUUGUUCCAACUCUUCUGUAAUGGUAAAGUCUCCUUUUCCACCUCUCAAAUCUGUUGGAAACUUGUGCGGAAUGAAACCCUCGUGCCGGGUCUUUCCAGCUGUUCGGAAACGUCACGUAACUACUACCCGGGCGACCGUGGCACCGCCCAGUGGGCGGGGCCGACUAUUGUAAACACGAAUAAGUAGUUGCGCUGCCGGGAAACUUUACAAUCGGCAGUGCACAAGAACAACACGUCGCAGGCCGUUUGCGAGCACGUUGGAUUCUCUUUGGAUAUAUUGUUUUGAUAUUUAAUUCAAGGAUUUUGCUCUCGCGCAGGUUCUAAGAUGCUGCAGGCUUGUUCUCCGUCGCACGACUGGCUCUGCGAGUCGGAACCGCUGCUUUUCGACGACGAGUUUUGUCUGAGUCUCAUGAAAGAUUUGCAGUCCAUCCCCACGCCGCCGCAGUCUCCUCCGAUGAAGCCCGGACUCGUAAAACCUCUGUCCACCGUGGAUCAGUUGGAGUUGGUAUCUGAACUUUUGAUGGAGGACAGCGACUUUCUGCAUUUGGACUGGAAUUGUGAUUUCACAGCUGCGGCGGCGGAGGAUCCGCUCUCGGACGACUGUCUGUGGCACACCGGCGGGGAUAAACAGAUGGAGGAUAAACUUUCAGCCGUCCUCUCCACGAGUCCCCUGCUAUCCGAUAUUGACACUCAGAUUUUUGCAGAAAUCGCCGGCUCUACGUUGGAUUGCCACAACGUGGCGCUCGCCUGUCAGGCUCUGGAGAGCGACGAUUUACCUCUUGAGAGAGAGGAACAGAUCGAGUCCACAUCAGACUAUGGUUCACUGUCCACCGGAGGAGAAUCAUCUGCUAGUGAUUCUGAUGAGGAGAUUGACGUUGUGACUGUCAGGCGGCCAAGCGCAUUGACACGCUCUCAACAUCAACAGCUUCUGGAGGAGCAGCAGCGUGCUCUCAAGCGCCAUCAUUUUGAAAUUCAACAACAACACAACUAUGCAGCGCCACGGCCACCUUCCCCUCCUCCGGCCCCGCCCUCUCCUUGUUCCACCCCUUCUAUUAAGCGCAGCCGCGUGCUUGGAGACUCCCAACGGAGCGCGCAGAACUCUGGGCGCUCCCGGAACCUCGCUUCACGCCAAGGGGCGGACAUGGAGGACGAGGAGGAGAGACGGCGGACGCACAACGUGAUGGAGAGGCACAGGCGCAACGAGCUGAAGAACUGCUUUCUGAGACUAAGGGACCACGUCCCCGAACUGUCCAGUAACGACAAAGCUUCAAAGGUUGUGAUUUUGAAGCGGGCUAAAGAUAGCAUCAGAAACCUGGAAGCAGAGAACAAGAGACAAAUUCAGGAAUUGGAGAGGCUUGAAGCCAGGAAUCUCCGAUUGAAAGCCAGACUAGACGAGAUUAAAAGACGUUGAACUUUUGGGGGAAAAUAAAUGUUUGGGACUACAUUAACCGGCUUUUGUUGGUGGUCAGAAGACGGUAACGGAGAUGUGUGCAAGCAAAGCAACACAUGUUGACUGACUGAAAAAUAUACCUCAAUGUCUGUGAGGAGAGUUUGGAUUGUUCUGUUUGAAAACAUGCAUGUUCAAUGCAAGAAUUGUUCUCAGUGUGGUGACUUUGCCAAAGUCAUGUGUUCACGAGUCUUAAUGUUUCAUAUACUGUAUGUUUAAAGAUUCAUUGCCAGUUAAAAUCCUGGUUAGCCUUAAAUCAACAUUACGCGUUCUACCGUUUCUUGUUAGCACAUUGUUAUAUUUGGGCUGGAUCCAAAGGAUGUUAAAAACAAGGGUCUGAAUGUAACCUGUUAAAAUUUUAAGAUGCUGUUGAUGUUAACUGGAAAUGUUUAGUAUAUUGGAUUUCCUGCGGUUUGGAGUUAAGGGGCGUGUUCAUCAAACUCUUGUUUUCAACUCCACGUGUCUUUCUCUGUUCAUUGUACUUUGUCAUUUAUUGUAUGUUCCUUCCCAUUUUUUGUCUACCUCUACCAGGAUAAUACCUGGUUAUUUUAUUGCCUUCAUAACGGCAAGUGUACAAUUUUUUUUUUCCAUGUAAAUACAACUUGUUAAUUAUGUAUCAUAAAUUAUUUAGUCUUUUUUUCUUGGUUUAUUUGCAGGUUUUGAAAAAAUAGUUAUGUUCUCGUCUGCACUUUCUUUUAUAAAGUAAUAAAGAAUGGGCAAUAUAA